ACCACUGGGUGGAGAUGCGGACCAAGAUGAGCAUCAUGGGCUUCCAGUCGUCGACCGUCAAGCCUCUGAACGAGGAGGCGGCGGCCGAGCUGGGCGCGAACCUGCUGGGCGAGGCCAUCAUCUUCGUCUCGGCCGGCGGCUGCCUGCUGCUGGAGUUCUGGCGCCAGCAGUCGCUGCGGCGCCGCCGGGAGGCCCGGCAGGAGGCGAGCUGGACCUCGCUGCUGGACGAGAUGGACCACCUGGAGCAGGCGCUGGACCAGCUGCAGGCGCAGGCGCAGGAGGCGGCGCCCCGGGGCGCCCUGGAGGCGCUGCGCGCCGAGCUGCGGGACGUGCGCGCCGAGCUGCGGGACGCGUGCGCCGAGCUGCGGGACGUGCGCGAGCAGCUCUGCGCCCUGCAGGAGCCCGAGGACCCCUGCGAGUAG